UGCUACGCUUUCUCAAAAAGAGACGUUGACGUUGAUCUGAUCCUCAAAAAAGCAGUUAUAUUGCAAAGUUAAUUAAUUAUUAACUACACUACACGUUAAAAAUUGAUCACAAUUUUUGAAUUCUUUGUGGGUCUUUGAAGCAAAUAGAAACUUUUACGGUUUGAUCGUUAUUUUUUGGGUCAUCAAAGAAUCAUCAGAAUGAAUUACGAUCCAACCUCCAAGAAGAUGACGCCCCAUAUGUCGAUGCAGGUCGGAAUGGGUUCUGGCGACGGGACUGGAGGUGAUAUGAUGAUGAUUAAGAAACCCAAUACGCUGCCAACAUGGGGAAAUACAACCACAAUGAACUUAAACCCCUUGAUUCACACAAAUAUAGAAAGUUCGCCAUAUUAUACAGGAAGACUUUCGGAACUUAAAACUUAUCAUGAAUUAGUUGACGAGAUUUAUUACAAGGUGAAACAUUUAGAGCCGUGGGAGAAGGGAUCACGAAAUGCUGGUGGACGUCGUCAAACUGGGAUGUGUGGCGGUGUUCGUGGCGUUGGUGUUGGGGGCAUAAUUUCUUCCGCCUUCUGCAUUCUUUUCCGUCUUUAUGCCGUACGGCUCACGAGGAAACAAUUGUAUGGUCUUCUCAAUCACGUAGAUUCGCCACACAUUCGAGGAAUUGGCUUUUUAUACGUAAGGUUUUCACAACCACCCACCGAUUUUUGGGAAUGGUUUGAACCCUAUAUCGAUGACCCUGAAGAAGUUGACGCUCGUGCGGGAGGUGGACAAAUUAUGACAAUUGGGGAAAUUGUGCGUCAUUUGAUCACCCGACAGGAUUGGUUUUCCACCCUCUUUCCCCGAAUUCCUGUCCCAAUCCAAAUUCAGAUUGAUAAGAAACUUGCCGCAUUGCGACAUGCGACAUCAGUCGAUCCCACGCCAAAACCUAGUGUGGCGAAUUUUGUUGAUCAGUCAUCCUCCUCCGGGGGUGGAUAUAAUAGAUAUGAAGAGUCCACUUCGAGAUACAGGGAUAAUAGAGACUCGCCUCCAGAAAGAAGCCGUGGUGGUAGAGAAGGUGGAAAUUCUUCUUCCAGCUCGUCAGGAAGACGGCACCGAUCUCGGUCACGAUCACGAUCUCGUUCAUCGGACGAUAGGAAACACAGUAAACGCCGAAGUUCGCGUUCACGAUCUCCGAAACGAAAGAGGGAUCGCGAUGAGAGGAGAAGGUCACGAUCUAGGUCUAGGUCACAAGACAAGAAUCGUCAUCGGCAUAACGAUCGUCGCUGAAUGGUUAAGGUACAAGAUGACGAUAAAAUAUGCUUCGCAAGAUGAAGACGGUGUUUUGAAGUCAAAUAAUAAAUAAGAAGAUGCAAGUAUGUCGCCGUUAUUCUUCGCGUGUGAAUAUACAAUAUAUUAAUCUAUGAUUAUUUGUUUUCGAGAAUUUUUCAAAUUUGUAUUGUUAAAAAAUUAUUAGCAAUUCCAUUCUCGAAUUUCAAAAUUAUGUACAAGUGCUAUUUUAUUAGCUCAUUUGUUUCUUACAUUACACGUUUUGUUCAAAAGCAAAAUACAUAAAUAUUUGUUAAGUUUAA